AUGGAUGGCCUACCGGCGCUUUCGAAGCUGCGCCUGGAAGCCAUUGAUAGGCAGGGCAGUGAUGUGAGGCAAAUCGCCCACGACCAUGCACACCCACCACGUGCCUCAGACCUGGCGGAGCUGCAGCAGCUUCAGAAGAAGUCGGGGCGGGAGCGGGAUGAGGCGCAGGAGGGGCGAACGGCGCAGUCGCUGUCGGAGACGCUGCGGUCGGGGGCGCGGCGGGCAGGCCCUCGCGUGAUCCGGGGCGAGCCUCACGAGGGCUACACGCCCAUCAGCCCUCGUGUCAGCGUGACAAACACGCAGGGCAGCGGCUUCGUCAAGGCCAUGUCUGAUGCGGGGCUGAAGCCGACCAUAGUGUAUCACAACCUGUCCCCCGCGGAGCUCUACGAGAAGGCGCUGCAGUACGAGCCCAGCAGCCACAUCGUGACGGGCGGCGCGCUGGCGACGAUCUCUGGAGCCAAGACGGGGCGCAGCCCGCGCGACAAGCGCAUUGUUCGGGAGCCAGACAGCGAGGCGGAUGUGUGGUGGGGGGAGGGCAGCCCCAACUAUGAGAUGGAUGAGCGCACCUUUUUGUUGAACCGCGAGCGAGCCGUGGACUACCUGAACCAAGCAGACCGCCUGUACGUGUGCGAUGGGUAUGCGUGCUGGGACCCCGCAGUGCGGUACCGCAUCCGCGUCGUCUGCGGCCGCCCCUUCCACGCCCUGUUUGCCCACAACCUGCUGAUACGGCCCAGCGAGGAGGAGCUGGCCGACCACUUUGGUCGCCCCGACUUCACCAUCUUCAACGCCGGCGUCUUCCCCGCCAACCGCCACACCUCCUACAUGACCUCCUCCACCUCAGUGGACAUCUCCUUUGCGCACCGGGAGAUGGUCAUCCUGGGCACGCAGAGCUGCGGGGAGAUGAAGCAGGGUGUGUUCACACUCAUGAACUACUGGCUGCCCAAGCGGGGCAUACUGCCGCUCAACUCAGGGUGCAAUGUGGGCCAGCAGGGUGAUGUGGCGCUGUACUUUGGGCUGUCUGGCACCGGCAAGACGACGUUCAGCACCGAUUCUGAAAGGCGGCUGGUGGGUGACGACACGCUGGGCUGGGGCGAGACUGGGGUGUUCAACAUAGAGGGCGGCUGCUACGCCAAGUGCAUCGGGCUGAGCAAGGAGCGGGAGCCUGGCAUCCACGCCGCGCUGCGCUUUGGCGCGGUGCUGGAGAAUGUGUGCUUCGACGAGGAGAGCAGGGAGGUGGAUUUUGAUGCCAGCAGCAUCACGGAGAACACGCGGGCAGCGUACCCCAUCGAGCACAUGGGCAACGCGCUGGUGCCCUGCCUGGCGGGCCACCCGCGCAACGCCGUCUUCCUGUGCUGCGACCUGUUUGGGGUGCUGCCGCCGGUCAGCCGGCUGAGCGCGGCGCAGGCGCUCUAUUACUUCAUGAGCGGCUACACCGCCAAGGUGGCGGGCACGGAGCAGGGCAUCACCGAACCGCAGGCCACCUUCUCCGCCUGCUACACCUCCACCUCCCUGGUGUGGCACCCGACCAAGUAUGCAGCCAUGCUGGCGGCCAAGCUGGAGCAGCAUGGCACACACGUCUGGCUGGUCAACACAGGCUGGUCCGCCGGCGGGUAUGGCGUGGGGCGGCGCAUCUCCCUUGAGCACACCCGCGCCAUAGUUGCGGCAAUCCAUUCGGGCGAGCUGGCGGCGGCCGAGCGCCAGACGCUCCCGCUCUUCAACCUCCAGGCGCCCACCAGCUGCCCUGGGGUGCCCCCAGAGCUGCUGCUGCCCAGCACCACGUGGGUGGACAAGGAGGCCUACAGCCAGCAGCUGGUGCAGCUGGCCGCCCUGUUUGUGGCAAACUUCAAGAAGUUCGAGGGCGGCAGCCGCCACAUGUCGGAAGAGGAGGUGCGGCGCAUUGUGGAGGCGGGGCCCAGCCUGUGA